AUGAAACCCCCCGAAGAUAAUGAUACUCCUAAGGAUCAAAUGAAAGACGCUAUUGAACAAGCCCCGGGCGUUGACACGGAGAAACAGAACGCGGUCCAUCACGAUGAAGACGACAACACAGCACUGCCCUCGAUGCCUGCAUCAGCCAUCACUAUAGACCCGGCUAUCGAGCGCCGGGUUCUGAGGAAAUUGGAUCUAAGGGUUCCGACCCUUCUGGGGUUCUUGUAUCUUUUGGGGUUACUCGAUCGCUCUAACAUAGGUAAUGCAUACAUAGCUGGGAUGAAACAAGAUUUGCAUCUGAGUGGACAGCGCUACUCUUGGCUUCUGACGAUUUUCUACAUCGCGUACACGCUGUUCGAGUUUCUAGCCUUGAUGUGGAAGAUUCUACCACCUCAUCGCUGGGCAGCGAUUACUGUGAUGAGCUGGGGCAUUGUUGCGACUUGUCAAGCUGCGGCACAGAAUUGGGAGGGAAUGAUGGCCCUUCGUUUUCUUCUAGGGCUGUCUGAAGCCGCGUUUGGACCUGGCACACCGUACCUGUUGUCUUUCUUCUAUCGCCGUCAUGAACUCGGUCUGCGGAUCGGGCUGUUUUUCUCUGCUGCGCCUCUGGCCAACACAUUUGCAGGCGCCCUGGCAUAUGGAAUCACAUCUGGCCAUUCCAAGUUGGCCAAUUGGCGAUUGCUGUUCCUAGUGGAAGGGGCGCCCUCUAUACUUGCUGCUUUUCUUGCCUGGUUUUACCUGCCAGAUCACCCAGCGUCUGCCCAUUUCCUGACUGAUGAAGAAAAAGAGGUUGCACGAGCGAGAGGGCUCCGGAAGAGCGGAGAGGGCGAGCGGGUAGCAGGCAUUGACUGGAAGGAUAUUGGCCGUACCCUGUUGGAUGUUAAAGCCUGGAUCGCGGCGUUGAUGUACUUCAGCUGCAACGUGAGCUUUUCUUCGCUCCCUGUGUUCCUUCCCAAGAUCCUUAAAGACAUGGGCUUCACGUCAAUCAACGCCCAGGGUCUCACAGCACCGCCAUACUUCGCUUCGUUUCUUGUAACAAUUGCCACAACCUGGUUGGCCGAUCGACUGCAACAGCGAGGGCUGAUGAUUACUUUGUUGUCGCUCAUUGGGGCUAUUGGAUAUGUGCUGCUCGCCACAUGCACCUCAGUUGGUGUCCGUUAUCUCGGCGUGUUUCUGGCAGCAGUGGGAGUCUUCCCCUCUAUUGCUAAUAUACUUCCUUGGGUAUUGAAUAAUCAAGGAUCCGACACCCGACGAGGUAUGGGGAUUGUAAUGCUCAACCUGGUCGGACAAUGUGGCCCUUUUCUGGGCACCAACAUCUUCCCCGAAAAAGACGCGCCUCGAUACGUUCGAGGACAAUCCGUUUGCGCCGCUUUUAUGAUAUUUGUGACUAUCCUAGCACUCACUUUGCGGUGUCUUUUGGUCUGGGAGAACAAACGCUUGGAUCAGAAAUAUGGUACCAAGAACGAGGAAUCUACCGAAGGAGGGUCCAAUGGAAACGAUGAUGGCGUGGCAGAGGAGAAUUAUGGGUCUAGAUUCCGCUAUGUCCUAUGA